UAGACGAUCUGUGUGGUAGCAGCAGUGGGGCUCGCUGUGUCCUGGAUCAGUGGAGAUGGGCUGAGGCAGAGAGGACAUCCCCGACGACACCGACACGCACGGACCCUGAGUACAGCAGUCCCAGAAGGAAUUCUUCCCGGUCCCGCUUGCCCCCACUCUUCUCCCCGCUCCUCUCCACUCCCGGCCCUAGCAGGCCAGGGAAUGUCCCGGCAGCGAGAUGCCUUAUGUGGACCGACAGAACCGGAUCUGUGGCUUCCUGGACAUCGAGGAGAAUGAGAGCAGUGGCAAGUUCCUGCGCCGUUACUUCAUACUGGACACACAGCAGGGAAGCCUGGUGUGGUUCAUGGACAACCCACAGAACCUUCCUGUUGGCACAGACUGCGUAGGUUCCCUCAAGCUCACCUACAUCUCUAAGGUCAGCGAUGCCACUAAGCUGAGGCCUAAGGCAGAAUUCUGCUUUGUCAUCAAUGCGGGGAUGAGGAAGUUCUUCCUGCAGGCCAAUGAUCAGCAGGACCUCGUGGACUGGGUCAACGCUCUCAAUAAAGCCACCAAAAUCACUGUGCCAAAGCUGUCUGAUGGCCAGCAGAUUUCAGAGAACCAGAAGUCCUUGCCAGAUGUUGUGGGACCCAAGAAACAAGUCUCCUAUAGGACAGAGAUCAUUGGAGGAGUCCCCAUCGUCACCCAGACACAGCAAGAAGGUGGUGACAGUGCAGACAGAGUGGAGCGUGAGGCCAUGCAUCGCUCUCACAGCCAGCUGCCGUACUUCCUGGGCAGGCCAACUCAGGAGCACACAGUCAUUAAGUCAGGCUACUGCGUCAAGCAAGGAGCUGUGAUGAGGAACUGGAAACGGCGAUAUUUCCUACUGGAAGAAAACUCAAUGAGUUACUUCAAGUCUGAUUUGGAGAAAGAGCCUCUGAGAAUGAUCCCACUGAAGGAGGUUCACAAAGUCCAGGAGUGCAAACAGAGUGACAUCAUGAUGAGAGAUAAUCUGUUUGAAGUUGUCACCACAUCAAGGACGUUUUACAUACAGGCAGACAGUCCAGAGGAGAUGCACAGCUGGAUCAAGGCUGUCUCAGGGGCCAUUGUGGCCCAGCGGGGGCCUGGGAGGUCUGCUGCCACAGAACACGGCAGCCGUUCCACUUUCUACCGCAGCCCCUCGGGUCCCCCCGUCCCUCGCUCGCCCAUAUCUGCCAUGCCACCAUGCUACCCAGAGUGGGGGGCUGCUGUCACGUGCGGCACACGCUCGCAGCCUGGCGUGGGACAGCGAGCACUUCAUGAGCCUGCUGCCACGGCCCAGUCACAGCCACACGCCAGCACGCCUGUCCCUGCAGGAGACGCGCCUGGCGAAGUGACCCGCGCACCGCCCGUGACCACCAUCGCCGACUCAGAGGAGUCACCAUGGCGACGGCGGAGCAGCUUCGAGCCUCACAUGCCCGAACCACCCCUGGACCUGGACGACGCUGACCUGCCGGUGAGCGAGGUCUGAGCUGUUGAACUGGACAUUUAAAACUUGUUUAUCUGGAUGGGAUGUUGACAGAGACGCCAUGGAUAAAGGCAACAUGUUUUUUUUAAAAGGCCAGGCGUUGGUUUCCAAACCAAAGCUGUUGGCGGAUGACAGCGCACAAUUUUCACAAACUCAUCUUUUGAGCUUCUCCGUCAGUGCUGUCAGUAUGCAAGAGAAACAAGUUGGGUCACCACUGAACUGCACUCGUGUGCCAAAGACGACCCAGUGUUCACCCACACCCCCCUGCCUGCCUGCUGUCGCAUUUACAAAGGCCUAUUUAUUUACUAAGAGUUGAUGUUGUCAAACAAAACUACAAAUUUUAGUUUACUUGUGCUGAUUAGAUUUCAGUGACAGAGCUUUAUUUUAACCUGUACAGGCACAAUGUUGUGUUCAGUGGUGUUUGUGGGCGGAGGAUUUUUGUAAAACACUUUGUUCCGAGGAAAUAAGGGAGCUUUUAAGGGUGCAAGGUAUCUCCUCAUUUCUGAAAAGAGCGUUCAAACUGAGGACUGGCUUUUCAUCACCUCUCUGUAAUCUAAUUUAACCAGUGUGGUUCAACCUUACCCUCAUAAUUGUAACACUGGAUUUGUCUACUAUUGUUAGCCAGUGUUAGCGAUAUGGGUUUUGCCUAGUCUGAGAUAAAACCCUCGCUCUAAUACAAAUAAAUAAUAUAAUUCAGACAUUCUGGGCUGGUCUAGGAUAAAUGCAAAAAACUGGAAAUACAUAUGUAUGAUUCAGUGUGGAUAAGACCAAAUGUAUCCCAGCCACAUUCAGUCAGAUUUUUUUUUAGUUGCCAAGCCUUUGAUUUGAACUUCUUUUAUUUUUGAGAAUAUAUGAGGGUUAUGGUCAGUUGUUUAAUUAUAUAAUGGGAUUCUCAGUGAGUUUAUUAGUUGACUGUUCUUGACCACAAGCUGAAUUAGCUUACAUGUAAAUCUCCAGCUUUUACAGAGAUGAGAUUACUGUGCAGAUGUGUAAAAGAAAAACAAACCAACAAAAAAAAAAAAAAAAAUCUAAGUCAUCUUAGUACAUGCAUCACUUCACAACCUGAAUCUGCAUCUUUGCAAACUACUUUUCAGCUUCCCAGACUUUGUGGACUCAUGUUUGUGACACUGGAUGACGUGGGAAAUUAGCAACGGUAAACAAGAAGUACAAGAUAUAUAAGCUUGUAUGCAUUUUGUAAUUCAUAGUAAUAAAAACUUCAGCAAUAAGGCAGGGUCACUUAUAAAUAAGCUUCAUGUCCUGACAGACUGGGUUGCAACAGGUUUACAAGAAUUACCUAAACCUGCAGUCCUGUCGUUUGAAGAUGAUUAGACUGUAUGAACACCAUGCUAACAUUUUGGAUAAUGAUUUAACAGAAAAAGAAAUAUUCAAGCUCAGACACUUCCAUUGCAUGUUAACAUGUUAUAAUUCCUCAGAUUGUCCUCCUCUCUUUUUUUAAAUUUUUGUUUAUCUAUGGCCGCUGUGUGUGUUUGCAGAAUAGAGCUGAGUGCAGCAGAGUUAUUUUUUAUAUGCUUUUAGAUGUUUCCUGAUGUUAUUCCUCGUACCUUGUGUUGCCAUCCCAGUAGCAGGCAGUUGCCUCGUGGUUUUAUUUAAACAUGUUCCACUUUAGUCCUGCUAAAUAAUACACACUAAUCUCUUUUUUUUAAGUGCCUGCUCCAUUUCAGGCCAACAAAGCCAAGCUACUCCACCCCUGUGCAGUCUGGUGUAAUUGGUUUGAAUUGUUUCUAUUUAUUAUGUGGAUGACUUGAAAGAAAUAAACACUGAAAAUGUG